GAAAGAAAGAAAGAGCGCGCGUGCGCGUGUGAUGUGUUUGUGUAUCCUCAGUGUUUUUCUCUUUUGCAUGUUUCAUUGAGUGUAAACAGAGUCUUGUCUCUGUGUAUUAGACAUUGAUGGUGAGAUGUGCUGUGCUGUAAAUCAGUAGGAACUGAUCCGUCCAUGCUGGAUAUAUUGAUGAUUUCAUCACAGAAAUCUCUCAGCUGAAGAAAGAGGAGAUUUAGCAAUGGAUCGAGAGGAUGUGGAUUGUUGUGAAUCUUCAGUGUAUGUGACUGAUGAUGGGAGUCUGGAUUCAGUGUGGAUGAGCAGAGAUCAGAGCCGCACACCACAGCCACUGCUGGACUCUAAACUCUCUGAAGAGAAAUCCAGACACACACAGGACUCCGAUCUCAGUCUGACUUUACUCUGUUAUACUGAGUCAAAGCCCACAGACACUCAGGACACUACAGUGUGUGACAGUAAACCGAGCUUACAGGAGGAUCAAACCUCCACAGAGUCUCUGGAUUCUGUCUGUAACGCUGGAGAACAGCAGCAGAUCCUGCAGACCAAACUGAAGAUGUGUUCAGUUAAACUCAUCGACUGCACGAACCUCAUGAUGAAGAUUAAAUCUGAACCCACAGAAAUCAAAACUGAACCCACAGAAAUCAAAACUGAACCCACAGAAAUCAAAACUGAACCCACAGAAAUCAAAACUGAACCCACAGAAAUCAAAACUGAUCACACAGAAGAGGAAGAUCGUACUGAGGAAGAUGAUGAUUUUAUUCCAUCAGAUGUGAAGACUGAUUCAUGUUUGGAUAUAGAAAUAACGUCCUCAACAUCAAAAGAGCGACUGACAGCACAAACUCUUUCCUGCAUCACCUGUGGAAAGACAUUCAGCUCACAGAGACAUUUAGAGAGACAUGAGAGAAAACACACAGAACAGAAACUCUUCACCAGAUCUGAGAUCAGCUUUACUACCUUACAAGAGAAGAAACUUCAUUCAGAAGACCACAGAGAGAAGAAGAAGAAGAAGAAGCAGUUUCACUGUGAACAGUGUGGGAGGAUUUGUGUCUCUUCCUUUAAACUAAAUGUUCACAUGAGGACACACAGUGGUGAAAAGCCUUUCAACUGCACUGAAUGUGGAAAUUACUUCCAAACCAAACACAAUCUUAAAGUUCAUCAGAGACUUCAUACUGGAGAAAAACCUUUCAAAUGCUCUCAGUGUGACAAGACUUUUUCUCAGUCAAGUCACUUCAAAUCCCAUCAGAGACUUCAUACAGGAGAGAAACCUUAUUACUGUAGUCUCUGUGGGAAGAGUUUUAGAUUAAAGGAUACCUUACUAGUGCACCAGAGAAUUCAUACAGGUGAAAAACCUUACAAAUGCUCUCAGUGUGACAAGACGUUUACUUCUUCAUAUUCCUUAAAAGUCCAUCAGAGAGUUCAUACUGGAGAGAAACCUUAUCACUGUAGUGUCUGUGGGAAGAGUUUCUCUGAUUCAUCUCAAUUCAAAGUUCAUCAAAGAGUUCAUACUGGAGAGAAACCUUAUCACUGUAGUCUCUGUGGGAAGAGUUUCUCUAAGUUAUCUCAAUUCAGAGUUCAUCAAAGAGUUCAUACUGAGAAACUUUAUCACUGUGAGCAGUGUGGGAAGAUUUGUGUCUCUUCCUCUAAACUAAAUUUUCACAUGAUGACACACAGUGGUGAAAAGCCUUUCAACUGCACUGAAUGUGGAAAAUACUUCAGAACCAAACACAAUCUUAAAGUUCAUCAGAGAAUUCAUACAGGUGAAAAACCUUACAAAUGCUCUCAGUGUGGCAAGACUUUUUCUCACUCAAGUCACUUCAAAGUCCAUCAGAGACUUCAUACGGGAGAGAAACCUUAUCACUGUAGUCUCUGUGGGAAGAGUUUCUCUAAUUUAUCUCAAUUCAGAGUUCAUCAAAAAGUUCAUACUGGAGAGAAACUUUAUCACUGUGAGCAGUGUGGAAGGAUUUGUGUCUCUUCCUCUAAACUAAAUUUUCACAUGAUGAUACACAGUGGUGAAAAGCCUUUCAACUGCACUGAAUGUGGAAAUUUCUUCAGAACCAAACACAAUCUUAAAGUUCAUCAGAGAAUUCAUACAGGUGAAAAACCUUACAAAUGCUCUCAGUGUGACAAGACUUUUUCUCAGUCAAGUCACUUCAAAGCCCAUCAGAGAGUUCAUACGGGAGAGAAACCUUAUCACUGUAGUUUCUGUGGGAAGAGUUUUAGAUUGAAGGAUACCUUACUAAGGCACCAGAGUCUUCAUACGGGAGAGAAACCUCAUCACUGUAGUCUCUGUGGGAAGAGUUUUAGAUUAAAGUCUACCUUACUAAGGCACCAGAGAAUUCAUACAGGUGAAAAACCUUUCAAAUGCUCUCAGUGUGACAAGACGUUUACUUAUUUGUCUAACUUAAAAGUUCAUCAGAGAGUUCAUACUGGAGAGAAACUUUAACUCUUUACCCGCCAGCGUUAAAAAAAAGUUUCUAGUGCCAGCAUUUUUCAUGAUUUUCACAAUUUUAAAGCAACACUAUGUAGUUUCCAUGUAAAAUUGACUUACAGUUCCCCCAUGUGUUUGAAAAGCGCAACAGUGUCUGAUACAGACACUCUUCUGCAGGCAGGGGGAGGGGCGGGGCUGUGUUUCCUACCCUCCACCGCCACUUUCAGAGUGUGCUUGUAGCAGCUAGGAAGCUGCUCAGGUUGCAGCAACAGUACAAAUUGUCCAGUUAAAAGUUGUUCUAUCACUGAAAAAUUUUUAGAGACAUUAUUUAAAGGUAAAAAAAACUACAUAGUGUUGCUUUAAUGUCUUCCAGAAAACGUACAAUAUAUCAAAUGAAAAAUAGACCGUCUGCUUUCAAACAAAAAAAGACGUUUCAUCCUACCGUCAUUAGUUAUCUUGUAAUCACCUCUAAAAUAUGGGUAGGUUUCUUGAAAAACACAAAAUUUUGAGCAAAAAGCUAAGAUAAUUGCAUUUUUAUAAAGGACUUUUGAUAGAGAUCCAAUAAUUCCAAUUCAGAGCGAUCCAUAAAAACAUACACAGACAUACAACUGUUUGUCCUAGGGCAAUACUUCUGAGUUGUAUAAGUUGCAGAAGAUCACCACCUGGUGGAUAAUAGCGGUAUUGUGGAAAGCCGGAAUUUCUCAUCAUUGGCAGGGAAGCGUUUUUUCACUACAGCAAUGGCGAACAGACCAUGGAAAACCGGUGUCAUGAGCAAUUCAGUCCCCCCGAGCAAUUCGGUCUCCCCUAGGACCCCGCGUGAUUCCAUUGGCUGGAAAAACUCCUCAUGGGUAGUUUUCUUAGCGCCUUAUUACAAUUCCUACAAAAUCGCGUUAUGAUUUAUGUAGUUAGAACGUUGUUAAAAUUACAAUUGAUGUCUUUUAAAUGAUGUUUCAUAUAGUAGUAUAUAAAUGAGGCUAUAGGUGGGAGAUCUACACAUUGCUUGUGUCAUAUUAUUUAGAUAUUAUAUUCUGUACCAUUUCCACUUUUUACUGUCUACUUAUACAAUUACUUACUCAUUAAUCCCUUAUACAAAACAUUACUACAUAGUUGAAUCACACAUUUAAAUUAUAAUUUAUAAGCCAUGAUAACUACACUUUUACUAUUAAAAAAAAAAUAUUCCGUAUGGUAUGUACAUUUUUAAUUAGUAAAAAUAAAAGUAUGUUUUUUGUAAAGCAGAUGAUGACACAAAAGUACUGACAUGUCUGCAACUUGAAUAUUAGUUUAUUAUAUUAUUUUUUUGGUUAACUUUUAUUUUAAAAACAUUUUAUGUUUCUAUUUUGUACAACGUAAUUAUCUUGCUAGACCGCUUACCUUACGCAGACGAGGGCUGCGUCCGAAAACUCUAAAUUGCUGCCUUCUGAGGCAGCUUUCCAAGGCAGGAAGGCAUCAAGGCAUGUCUGAAUUCAAUGUUAGGUUUACUUCCCGUCUCUUGAGAUACCUAUGCGUGGGCGUACAAUAAGAAUGUGAUUGUUCGAGCCUGGUUGAGUUCGAAGAAAUAAAAUGGCGGCCAAGGUAGCGACUGGAGCACAAAUUUAGUGUAAAUAAAGGUAGAUUUUCAAGCGAGAAAUUAAUAUUGUAGUUUUCAAAUAUGUGAUUAGAUAUCACAAAGGCGCUCUCUGUUUAUAAUUCCAAUCCGCUGCCUUUGAAGUGUGUCCGAAAGUCUUUCUCUGAGCUGCCUUCAUGCCUCCGAAGUCAUUUCCUCAUGAGGCAGCGAGGCAACGCCUUGAGUUUUCGGACGCAGCCGAGAUAUCGCAAUCACACAUUUUUGAGCAGGCAUUAGUGCUAGUUACCAAUGGGGGUCCUAGGGGAGACCGAAUUGCCCGGGGGGACCGAAUUGCUCAUGACACCGGAACGUGAAUAAUAGACUAAAGAGAAGAGCAUCUAAAUCGCUAACAGAGGGGUGUGUGUUGUGCUGCUUUUGGGCUUUCAGGGCCACUUUUAGGCUGUAACUAAACUUAUAUGAAUGCAGGUGAAGGCGGCAAUGUGAUAAACAAACUGGUUGGGUUUAGGGAAAGGGUGGGUGUUGUGUUUUUUGUGGUGUUCUGUCAUUUGUAAAGUUUGUUAUUUCAUAUGUACAUGUUUAAUCAAACAUUUAUUAUAAAUUAGAGCAAUAAAUGCCGCAAGUAACAUUUAUGUAGAAACAUUAGCAGCCCAAUAAUGCAGUGUCUCUUUAAGAGAGGAGUGUGCAUGUGACCGGUGUUUAAUACAUUAAAAAGGAAGCGCGAGAUGCAUUUAGUUUGUAUUGACGUUCAACCCGGUGUGCACCCACUUGGUAAGCUCUUCAUUUCAAAUGUUUUCAUGUCUGCCUUUAUGUUAUAUGCUUCAUGUUAUCUUCUGUCACCAUGCUAUGUUGUUGUACUGUGUUUACAUUCAUUGCACGUAAAGAUAGCGUUAACUGAUAAAGAUAACGCUAUAAAGUUAUAAGUUAACUAGGUAGCGACUUGUAUACAACAUUUAGACUUAUAAAAUUUAUGUGCCAUACCUUUCAUUCGUGUUUCCUUUCUUUGGCUUUAUAAAUGUUUAAUUUUGUAUGAAUCGAGGACCGGCAUUUAACGUAACGCAGUACUUCCUGGUUUGCCGCAGGGCAUUCUGGGAGCUGUAGUUUCCUGCUUCUAAAAAGACUAUCGUUGCGUCCCAAACCGCCUACUUCCAUCCUAUAUAGUAGGCAAAGAGUACGAGAAGAAGUGCUUUUCGCCCACUAUAUAGUAUGGAAGUAUGUGGUUUGGGACUCAGCCUAUAAGCUUUUUACAUAGACUUUGAUAGGGCUUGAACAUGGUGUAUAAUGUUUAAAGGAACAGUAUGUAAGAAAUGUAUAUUAAUUAAUCAUAAAAUGGGCCUGAUAUGUCACUAGACAUUAAGAAAUCAUUUUCAUUUCGAAUACUUAUAUCACUGACAACAGUGGUCCGGCCAGGAUAUUGUCCUUUAAAAAGUGGAGUUGCAGCCCUCAACUUUAUGUUGUCAUUUUGUGUAUAGGCCACCAGUUGUGAGAUUGCAGUACCAGUUUUAGCCACAAGUUUUGUGAUUGCAGUACCAGUUUUAACCACAAUCCUACAUACUGUUCCUUUAUAUAUGAAGCUUAUACAUGAAAUUUAUGAUGAUGAUGUUAUUAGUAUUAUUAUUAUGUAUUUGUAUGCUACUAAUAUUAUUAUUAGUAUAUUUGUAUUUGAUUCGUAUUUAUAUAGUUAUAUACUAAUAAUGUUAUUGUAUAUUUGUAUUUAUUUACAAAUGUAGAAAAUAAAAUGCAUCUAAUUGACGUAUAAGGCCAAGAACCUUAAAACGUAACCACAGGUCGUAUAAGCUUUGGCCGCUAGAGGGCACUAGGUCCCUAUCUGUCGUAUUAUAGUGCAUGCAUAAACGAAUUAGGUUAUAAUUUUUGGAGGACAAUCUGCAGCAAACAUACUGUAACUAUAUACAGUAGGGUUGUUUUUCAUUUUUUAUUGACACAUUUAUCAUUUUUAUAUAAUCUCUUUUAUAAACUCUUUUGUUAUGUGUCAAACUCGUUUAUUUUAUGUUGUGUGCUAUGUGAUUUUAAGAAUUGGUUUCAAAGUCUUAAUGUCAUGGGACCAUAAUGUUGUUAAUUGUCCAUUAACUUGGCUUGGAUAGGAACACACUGAGAAAGAAAGUGUUCAGAUUAUUCAGUAAAUGCUUUGUUCAUUUUUACAAUGA